AUGCAUCUAAGUUUAUUAAACCUUGUUUAUGUUGUUCAUGUUUAGCCUUUCUAGAAUAGAGGGAAUAAUAGCCUGGAAAUAUUCAAUGAAAUUUGCGGGCUUAUAGUUAUAUAUCACUUCCUAAUUUUUAAUGAGUUCAAUGAUAAUGCUACAUUGGAGUACAAUCUAGGCUGGGCAAUCGUUUUCAUUGUUCUAUUUGAUAUAUUGACAAAUACCUUUGUUAUAGCUAUUUAAACUCUACUUAGAGUAAAAGAUAUAAUAUGGAAGAAAUGUCAAGCAAAAACUAUAAUAUAUUCAUAAAAAUCUGGAACAGCAGUUUAAGAAAAUAAUAGUGCUACCUUAUUUGGUCAAGGAUAGAAUAAUAUGAAGAAAUAAUAAGAUAAUGUUAAUAACUUAGGUACUGAAAAUGCUCUAAUUGAUCUGAAUCAAAUCUUGACAAAUGAUAUAGCUUUAAUGAAUCAACCAUUGCAUAAUAAUAUCAGGAAAAAAAGAAAAAGAUUAAGUUUCAAUCAAAAAAAUAAGAAUUUAAGCAAAAAGAAAAAAUCUGAGUUGAAUUAAAUGAUUAUUUAACAGAUUCCAGAUUAAGUUUUAACAAAAAAAGAUGAUUAACUAAAAAUCUAAUAGAAAUUUAAAGAUUAAAAAUUAGAAAGAUUAUUCGAUAUUCAUUCAAUUUAAUUAGAACAAGAAUAGAAGCCAAGCUAAUAAAUUUAAAAUGACAUUUUACCUUCAAAUCAUUAAAAUUAAGAUAAAAUAGACAAACUAGUUAUCGCAAAUCAUUAAUUAUAGAAAAAGAGUGAUCAUAAAAAAUCUAAAAAUUCAAAUAGAUUCAGAAAUGUAGUACCUUUGAUGUAGCUUUAAUUAUCAAAAUAUAAUUCCCAAAAUAAAGCAGUAAAAUAUAGAUAAGCCAAAUAAGACAGCUAUGAAUAAAUUCAAACUAUAUGCACUGAAAAUUAUCUAAAGGGCAAUGGUAACUGA